UCACAUCCUGUGCGUCCUGAGUCAGCUCUUUCUCGGCGCCUUUCAACUACUCAGUGAGGAGUGACUAGACUCACUCUGCUUCUUGAAUAUCAGAGAAAACACUGAAAAUGGAGUGCCAGGUGCUCCGGCUAACGUGCGCACCACGCGUAGCGCCACCCCAUCCGCCGUCGACCGUCGCAAGGCAGCCGCCGUCGCUUUUUCCUUCUCCUCUCAUGCUCAACUCUCCUCCCCGCGCAGUUCUUCGGAGGAGCGUGAGCAAGGACGAGCCACUCCUGGAAGGACUUCAGAAGGAAUACUACGAUGAUGAAUGGCAAACUAGACAAAGGGAGAAAACAAAGGAGUUGCAUCGGAGACGUCAAGAAGAAGAGGAAGAAGAGGAAAGAAAGGUUGAAGAGUAUCGUGAAAUUGGCAUGCGACUGAAGGGGUAUCCUGAAGAAGAUGUACGAAAGGCGCGCAGAUUGGUUUCGAGCUUGAUUCGGUCUGCCGAAGAAGUGGAAGAGAAAAUUGAGGAGGCUGCUGAGAGAGGAGAACUUACUGAACUUGUCCUGAUGGUCAUAUGGAAUCGUCUUGAUCUUGCUCGGCGUGAUAAUGAAAAAGAUGCGAUUAGGAGUCUAGAUCUGCUGUACAGGAGGGUUGAGACAGAAAUUUUGAAAAGAGAGGCAACUCCCACCAUGAGACUGCUCAAUGAUCUUUUGAAUUUGCAUGAUGGAUUUGAUGAUGAAGUGUGGCUGAAGGAAUGCAAGAAACUCAUGGUUGAUACUUUUCCACGAGAAGAUCCAUUUAGCAUUCUUGUUCCUCCAGGAUUUGAUAUUGAUGAGCAUCAAGGACCGCUCCGACCGCCACUUGAAGCUGAUGAUGCUCUAUUGAGAGUAGACUUUGUAAGAGAGGUUGAUGCAUUGUUACAAGAGGUUAAGGCUGAACAAAGGGAAGCGCAAGCUGCACAAGGACUUGAUCCUGAAUCCGUGGCCAGUAAACUGAAGCAACAAGAGAAGCAGCGAACCAUUCGCCAAGUGGAAGCCUUACUAGACCUGGCCAUUAAUUUGAAAUGGUAGUUUUUUUUUUUUUUUUUUUUUUGAGGAAUUUUUCAAGAUCUCGAGAAAAUGUGGGAAAGAAAGGAGGGACACUGGAAGUUAGAAUAUGGAAUCCCAUUAGUGGCAGUUGGUCCAUAGUUAGUCAGUUCUUAGAACCCAGGAAAUGGUGUUUGGCUUAUCCCAAAUGCUUCUGGUUGAAGAGCUUAUGUUGGGUAGACUGAGGACAAAACAUGCAUGCAAAGUGGUGAGCCUAUUGUUAAAGCCUUAGGCCAGGCACCAUUUUUUGUUAAAAGAUUAUUUAAAAGACUAUGCAAUGUAAUUUAACAGUGUCUCUACUAAAACAUUUUGUAGUUAUGGAACUAUCCCCGUUUAUAA